GGAGCGGGCGGGCGGGAGCGUGCGGGCUGCGGGCGGCGGCGGGCGCUGCCCAGGGGCCGGGCCCCGGGUGCGGGCGCGCCGGGAGCCGCAAUCUACCAGGCUGGCAAGACAGCUCACCUGGAGAGAGCAACUGUUUGCCAUAUGCACAACUCGGGUUCAAGCCCAGCCCCCUCACCUUCCUGCUGAGCUCCCGCCUCUUCACUGAGCCCCACAAACUGCUGGCCCGUGCAGGCAUGCCCCGGACACUGAGCUCCUCCAACACGGUCACGCCAGAGAGCCUCAGCCCGCCCCCAGCCCAGCCCCCGGAUGGCGAGCAGGCCGGGCAGCCCCUCCUGGAAGGAGCCCCGUCCUCAGCCUCCCUGGACACCCUCAUCCAGCAGCUGGUGCCCACGGCCGACUACUACCCUGAGAAAGCCUACAUCUUCACCUUCCUGCUGAGCUCCCGCCUCUUCAUUGAGCCCCACGAGCUGCUGGCCCGUGUGUGUCACCUGUGCAUUGAGCAGCAGCAGCUGGACAAGCCAGUGCUGGACAAGGCCCAGGUCCGGAAGUUUGGCCCCAAGCUGCUCCAGCUGUUGUCAGAGUGGACAGAGACCUUCCCACGGGACUUCCAGGAGGAGUCAGCCAUGGGGCACCUGACUGACGUGGUGGGCCGCAUUGCGCCUUGUGAUGAGGCCUACCGGAAGCGGAUGCACCAGCUCCUGCAGGCUCUGCACCAGAAGCUGGCAGCCCUGGGCAGGGGCCCUGAUGGGCUGCUGGGCUCCGACUCACCCAUAGCCUACAGGACCAAGCCACCCGCCUCCAUCCACAGGGAGCUCCUUGGCAUCUGCAGCGACCCGUACACACUGGCCCAGCAGCUGACCCACGUGGAGCUGGAGCGCCUGCGACACAUUGGGCCUGAAGAAUUUGUCCAGGCUUUCGUGAACAAGGAUUCUCUGGCCAGCACCAAGCCUUGUUUCGGCGACAAGCCCAGCAACCUGGAGGCCUACGUGAAGUGGUUCAACAGGCUGUGCUACCUCGUAGCCACGGAGAUCUGCAUGCCGGCCAAGAAGAAACAGAGGGCCCAGGUGAUUGAGUUCUUCAUCGACGUGGCCCGGGAGUGCUUCAAUAUCGGCAACUUCAACUCGCUGAUGGCCAUUAUCUCUGGAAUGAACAUGAGCCCUGUGUCCAGACUGAGGAAGACUUGGGCCAAAGUGAAGACAGCCAAGUUCUUCAUCCUUGAGCACCAGAUGGACCCCACAGGGAAUUUCUGCAACUAUAGGACCGCCCUGCGGGGGGCAGCCCACCGCUCGCUGACAGCCCAUAGCAGCUGUGAGAAGAUCGUCAUCCCCUUCUUCAGCUUGCUCAUCAAAGACAUCUACUUCCUGAACGAGGGCUGUGCCAACCGCCUCCCCAAUGGGCACGUCAACUUUGAGAAGUUUCUGGAGCUGGCCAAGCAGGUGGGAGAGUUCAUCACAUGGAAACAAGUGGAGUGUCCCUUCGAGCAAGACCCCAGCAUCAUUCACUACCUGCACACAGCCCCCAUCUUCAGCGAAGAUGGCCUUUACCUGGCUUCUUACGAAAGUGAGAGCCCCGAGAACCAGACGGAGAAGGAGAGGUGGAAAGCUCUAAGGUCUUCUAUUUUGGGGAAGACGUGAACACUGCUAAACAGAAGAAGGAGGAGGAGAAGAAGGCAGUAGAACCUUCCGCAGCCCAGAGCCCAGCCCUAGGGAGCCCGUCACCUCUCUGCCCUGUGAACCAUGAUGUCGCAGCUCCUGUGGCCUGGCGUCCAUUGUAGGGACCACGCAGGCAGCCCAAGGGACCUUUCCCAGCCUUACUGGCAACUUAGCCCUGGAGGGCUCAGGGCCUCCAGACAUGGGGGGCAGGGGGCGGGAGCACCAGCCUCGGGGGUCUGGGUCUCAUGGCUGGUCCAUCUGUCCCCAGAGAAGCAGUGGAAUGUGUCUUGAGGCUGGUGCCACCUGUGACCAGACAGGAGAAGUACCUGAGCCUGAGGGAACUCAACUCUUUGUGAUGGGCCGGUGUCUGCAGCUCCCCCUCUACCCCCCCCUUUCUGGACCCUGCUGGUGUCAGGGGACAGCUUCCCGGGGACAGCAGGCCUGACUGGAGGCCUAGGGUGGACAGUGUGUGCCUUCUGUUGUGGUUGUCAGAGUCGCUAUAAAAGCCUGUGGGUGCA